AUGCGAGCCUUCAUGCGUGCCAUCGGCCUCGGCGGCCUCUUCCGUCGUUCUGCUGAUUCUGCGGCCAAAGCCUCUACGGCUACUAACACGACCGGCAGCUUCCGCGUGCUCACACUCGAGCAGUUCGAGAAAAUGACGACGGUGAACAACUCGGCUGCCUUCGAGGCUCGUCGCAGCAGCCGCCACAGCUCCACCAACGAGCGUCCGCAGUUCCUCUUCUUCUGCGGUAGCGACAACUCGGCGUUCCCUUCCGGCGAACUCACUUCGCCCAACGGCAGUACGUUGGCGUCUCGUCUCGCCAGAAUGAAAGCCCCCACUCCUGCACAGCCGGUUAUCGACCACCACAUGCCCGUGUUCUUCAUGUCGCCGCUGUCCCCCUCACGCCCCUCGCUCGGGGUCGGAUUCGCCGGCUGCUAG